UAGUUGUGUCCGUAUGUUUGAGUCACGACCUUCGAUGAGGUUUGCAUGGGUUGUUCCAUUUUCCAUCUUUCCGAUCAUCGCAAGAGAAAGGAACCAACCAUUGCCAAGCUUCUCUUCUCCUCCUCCUUCUCGCGGUGGAGCAGGAGGUGGUAGAAAAUGUCUUCCCAUGGCGCUGCCACCACGCCACCCUUGAACGUCACCAUGGUCGCCGUUGACAAAGACAAGAACAGUGUCCACGCCUUCAAAUGGACCACUAAACAUAUCGACAACCCCAUCAUCAUUGCGGUCCAUGUCAAGCACAAAAACCUUCCUCAUCAGGGCACCAAUGUUUUUCCUCCCGAAGAAGAGGAUAUAGCCCAUGUUUUCAACCCCUUGCGUCAACUGUGUCAGCCCAACGUCGUUAAGUUGAAAGAAGCCGUAAUCGAUGAUAGUGAUAUUGUAAGAGGAAUUGUGGAAUAUGCACAAAGAAAUCGUGUCAGUACUAUAGUGGUUGGUGCACCCUGCACGAGCAAGAAUACUUUGGCAAGGACUCUGAACCUGAGGAGCGGAAGCAAAAAAUUUAAAGGCCACGAUAUUUCAACAGGCGUAAUGAGAUCAGCCCCAGAUUACAGUUCAGUGUACGUAAUUUCAAAAGGGAAGAUAGUUGGAGCUAGACCAGCAAUACGCCCAAUGAUAAACGUGGUUGCUGCACCAAAAGAAAAUGGAGUAAGGUCACAUUCACAUAGAAGAGGGAGCACCAAUGGAAGAUCAGAAAGAUCACCUACACCUGAAAUGUCAAGGUCUUCUUCAGCUGGUCAGUCAAUGGACAAGAGGUCACUAUAUAACCUCCGCAACUCAAGCUCGGGUGGAAGUGACUCUGAAGGGUCACAUCGAGUUGGGUCAGUGGAUCAUAGAACUAAACAAGAUUGUGAUUCAGGCUCUGCAUCAGAUUCCCAAUUCUCAGCUGAAAUGGAAGCUGAGAUGAAAAAAUUGAGGCUCAAACUGAAGCAAACUAUGGACAUGUACAACUCAGCUUGCAAAGAAGCAAUCACAGCCCAAAACAAGGCUAUAGAGCUUAACCAACGGAAACUGAAUGAGGAACGUAUGGCUGAGGAAGCUAAGUUGUCUAAAGAGGCAGCUAUUGCAAUGGCAGAAAAGGAGAAGGCUAAAGCCAAAGCUGCCUUGGAAGCAGCUGAAGAAGCCAUUAAGAUGGUUGAAAAGGAAGCACAUAGAAGAUUUCAUGCAGAGAUGAAGGCCAGGAGAGAGGCACAAGAAAAGGAUCGGGCAUUAAAUCAGUUGGCUUGCAAGGAUGUUCGAUAUAGAAAAUACACUAUAACUGAUAUUGAAGACGCCACUCAAAAGUUCAACCCAUCACUGAAAAUAGGUGAAGGUGGAUAUGGACCUGUGUUUAAAGGCCAACUUGAUCACACCCAGGUCGCAAUCAAACUUUUAAACCCUGAUGCUUCCCAUGGAAGGAGGCAGUUCCAACAAGAGGUUGAGGUAUUAUGCAGCAUAAGGCAUCCUAACAUGGUCCUCCUCCUUGGCGCGUGUCCCGAGUACGGAUGCUUAGUGUACGAGUACUUGGAAAAUGGUAGUUUAGAAGAUAGAUUAUUGUUGAAAAAUGAUAGCCCUCCUAUUCCAUGGUGGAAACGUUUUGAAAUAGCUGCUGAGAUUGCAACCGCACUCCUUUUCCUUCACCAAACAAAGCCAGAGCCAAUUGUGCACCGGGACCUUAAACCCGCCAACAUCCUCUUGGACAAGAACUUUGUGAGCAAAAUAAGUGAUGUUGGUCUUUCAAGACUAGUGCCACCUUCUGUGGCUGAUUCUGUCACACAAUAUCACUUAACCGCAGCUGCUGGAACCUUUUGUUACAUUGACCCAGAGUACCAACAAAGUGGGAUGCUAACAACAAAGUCAGACAUAUAUUCUUUGGGGAUAAUGCUACUACAAAUCAUCACAGCCAAGCCUCCAAUGGGGCUUGCACACCAUGUUAGGAGGGCAAUUGAAAAUGGAACAUUUUCAGAUAUGCUUGAUCCUGAUGUCCCUGGUUGGCCAGUUGAAGAGGCUCUAGCAUUUGCUAAACUCUCAUUGGCUUGUGCAGAGCUCAGUAAAAAGGACAGGCCUGAUCUUGCAUCAGUGGUAGUGCCAGAGCUUAGCCGCUUAAGGGAAUUUGGAUACACAGCAUCGAAAGCUCAGAAUCGCCCCAAUGCCUACACCAAGGCCAGGAACAAACACAUAAAAUAGGUUCCAUGUUGGUAUGUUGGCUUACCUGCCAUGUUUUGUGUAGAAUCAUUUACCCAAUUAACUUCUUCACGCAUUGUUGUGUUGUGAAUGCAAGUUUCCAACAGUUUUCUUGUAAUGGAAGAGUUCCUUCAAUCUAAUUAGAUGCUUGGUAGUCCAAGAUUGGAAAGUAAAAUUGUUAUGCAUAAGCAUAACUUGUAAACAACAUUAUUGUAUUAUCAGUGUAAAAAAAUUUGCUAUACCAAUCAGAAAUCAUGAUAUGACUUUUAA